AAGGAAUCCAGUGCAUCUGGUUAUGUUGCCCAGCUGCCUCAGAAACUACGACGUCCACUUUAUACGUCUUCCUGCUCGUGAUGGUUCUAUAUCCUGAGGUGCAAACACACACGCAAGCAGAGAUUGGUUCCAUCAUUGGGGAAACUCUUGAAAGAUUGCCCGACUGGGAUGAUCGCACUUCUAUGCCCUACAUCAAUGCCAUCAUACUGGAGACGCUGAGGUGGUUUCCUGUCGCUCCUCUGGGUAUUGCACAUGCCACAGUCACUGAUGACGUCUACAAAGGCUACUAUAUUCCAAAAGACACAACCAUGUCUUCUUAUGCAAGGUCUAUGGCACACAAUCCAGAUAAAUAUCCUAACCCAACGAGGUUCAUACCUGAGUGUUACAUGUCAAAAGUCGCCCUUGAAGAGCUGUCAACACACGGCCCUGAUGACAUAUCCUUUGCUUUUCGAUUUGGAAGCAGUGUUGGACGACAUGUCGCCAAGGCUUCUAUAUUCGCUGCAGUUGUGAAUAUUCUAACUCUUUUCUGAGCACCCUGUAUUCCCGUGCAAAUUCACCCCUCGCCACACGAAGGAAAGGGUAUCGCAGUUGAUAAAAAUGCAAUGUUGAGAGCUGUGUGG